AUGCGCGAUGAGGUCUACUAUUCACCGGUUCCUGGCAGCUCCAAUCAUGUGCCACCCGAUCCAAUUCCAUCAGUCGAAGACAACGAGACAUUGUUGCAUGGUCCCGAGAUUAUGUCCCAGCCGCAGCCACAAUUGGAGGUUGCUGAGGUUGUGGAGAUCGUGGAACCACAAACGAAACAGCGCAUGUACGCCAAUUUGACGACAGGAAAAUGCUCCUGGGAUCCCCCGAUCGGAACAAGAGUUAAACGAACGCACGAGAAUCAAUGGUGGGAGUUGUUUGAUUCGAAGACAAAUCGCUUCUACUACUACAAUGCAUCAUCUAUGAAGACAAUGUGGGCGCGUCCGACUAGCGCCAGUGCAGACAUCAUUCCUUUGGCUAAGCUUCAGACGUUAAAAGAAAAUACGGAUCAAAGUGAACAUGCUAGGGCUCGAAAACACUGCGAAACACAAACAUCGCCAGCAGUUCGUCGUGCCGGUCCUCGACGGAUAAUUGCGCAAAAUAUUGGACCAGAAACUGGUAUCGUCACUACGCGAAGUCCAAGCUAUAGUCAUCGUGAUUUGGAUACAUCUUUUGAUAUGCUUUCUCUUGAUGAUGUCUCGGAAAGGUCGCUCACUUCCUCGCAAAUUGGUCGCCCAUUUCCUCCAUUUCCGACAACGGCAAGUCGAAUGUCGACAGCGCCCUCGGCCGACAGCUUGCCCACGAGAUCCAGUCGAUCAAGUUCUCCACCGCAACAGAAAAGAGGGCCGUUCACUUUUUCGACGAACACUGGCACAAAAACAAAAUCACCAGGAGGCUGGGCAAAAGAUGCACCAAAGGCACCUUUAACGGCGCCGGAUAACAAGGCUCUCCGGAAAGAAUCGGCGGCCAUCUUCAAACUUAUUCAAUCGUACAUGGGUGAUAAAAAGAGCAAAUUGUCGCCGGAUCAACUAGCUUUGUCACUUUGUGAAACGACAACCGGGAGGAAAGAAUGCGCUGAUGAAGCAAUCGCUCAACUCAUGCAACAAUUGACCGAUAAUUUGAAAUCCGACAGUUUGAGACGAGGAUGGGAGCUGUUAGCAAUCUUGUUGGCUCUCGUAGCCCCAUCGACUGAAAUGGCCGAUAAAUUGUCUGUAUUUCUUGAUCGACACUCCGAUAGUCUUUUGGAUUCGCCAGAGGUCGCAGUCUCUAACUUUGCGCAUCAAUGCCACAAACGCUUGGAGAAAAACCAACCAAAAUUCAAGCCGACUCUAGCUUUAGUGCAGGAAUCACGAGUACACAUCUUCAACCCACCUCAAUUUUCGGCAAAUCUUGAAGAGCUGAUGGACAUGCAAGCAGCCCGUUACCCACAUUUGCAGUUGCCUUGGAUUGAGACGACGUUGAUUGAAUUGAUUUUACGAGAGGGCGGAACGCUAACCGAAGGGCUUUUUCGAGUGCCCGCCGAUCCCGAACAGAUGAACACGGCAAGGGCACGGUUGGAUCAAUGGGUUGUUCCCGUUCUUCGCGAUCCUCACGUGCCGGCCGGUCUUUUGAAGUUGUGGCUUCGACAACUUCCUGAACCACUCAUUCCACAUUCUUUCUACACUCGAGCUUUAGCCGGAUGUGAUAACCCUCUAGAAGCUACUCGCUUGGUUGAUUUGUUGCCUAAUGUGAAUCGCCUUGUACUGGCUAAGUUGAUCUCCCUGCUGCAGGAUCUUUCAAUGGAGGAAGUAAUUGUGCAUACGAAGAUGGAUCCUUCGAAUUUGGCGAUGGUAAUGGCUCCAAAUGUUCUCAGAUGUGAAUCCGAGGACCCACGAGUGAUUUUUGAUAAUACUCGACGCGAGAUGACAUUUUUGAAAACUCUCAUCACUCACUACGAUACGGCAUUCAUCCGAAGUCUGUUG